AUGACAGGGAAGGAGAAACCUCGUCUGAAUCGAGUACUGUGCAGCAAUGCUUUGGUAGGGUACAUUUAACUUAUUUUUUUACAAAACCUACAAUUUAUACCCAGAUAUAAGUAGUAAAUUAGCAAUGUAAAACGCUAUUUGUUACCCAAAAUUGGCUGCGCAAAAACAAAAAAUACUUUUUGAUCGAAUCAAUUGUGGCAAUUCGCUAUGUGUCUUUUCGUGUCGAUAAAAUGGGCCGAAUGUCAUCUGACGGGACCUGUUGAUAUAUCUUAUUAUCUAUAUAUGACAUGACUUUAUUUUUAGACCAACUGUCCGUCCGCUCUUCCUGGAGUUCGUCGUGUAGCCAAGAUUUCGGAGACCCACCCUUCUGAAGCCAGGAGUAAUCAGUCGCUGAAUGAGUCUUCUAGAUCAGAGUAUCAUGGAAUGGCAUCGUCGCAGAAAGUUGAAUCUUCCAGCCUUUUACGUCGAGCUGAAAGCAGUAGGAAGAAUAAAGAACAAGUAAGUUUACUACAAGAUAGGUUAGACAGUCAGGUAAACCAACACUAAAGAAUUAAAAAAAAAUAUUUUUGAAAUAAUUAUUUGAAAAACAGUUUAAUGUUACUUUUGAAGCAGAAAGGCUCAUUCAACAGAAGCACAGCUCCGAAGAAGGCACCAGGCCGAAGUUUGAGUCAAUCUUCAAUUAAACCAGCUGUAAGUUUUUCCAAACUAUUUUAGUUCUUCGUCUCACUAUGUCCUUUAAUUAUAUACCUAAACCAACGUUCAAGAGCCGUGAUAUGACUUUUGAUUACAUAAUAUUAAGCCUAAUGCUUUCCAUCAAAACUUGUCUUAUGACAUUAGUAGUAAUACCUAUAAAGUUAAUUUUACAGAAGUCUUCAGCUGCUGAAAGACAAACUCCAGGAACAGAGAAGAGUUCAAAGAAGUCCGCCGUGCCUUCUAAACAGAAAUCAUCAGCUAAAGGAGUCAAUGAAACAAACUACUUCUCUGCCAACGAUUCUCUUGGCCCACGUGGAGCAAGCGGGGCUAAAAGAGAUCACAACUCAUCGUUGAGUCAGCAGGAGUUUGAGGAAGGAUCUUUCUUCAAUUCGACUGGUAUGUGCUAUGUUAGAAUGAAAUAAUCUUUUGAAACGAUCAAUACUUUUUGUUAUAUAAAAUUUUAAUUUUAGAAGUUGACAAUCCGUUGAACAGCCGAAUCAGAGAAUCCAAUGAAUCUUCCUUCUCGAGUUCUACUGGAGAGUACGUUGGGCGUGGUUAUGGUAAGUCAGUAAUGUUAUAAUGACGUAAUAUACUUUAAGAUUCGAGAAGAUCGUUCAGUGACAUGAGUUCUGUUUCUUCUGAACGAAGUCUUGGUAGAACUCGAGACUCUCGACACCGUUCAGAAGCAAAGAGUUCAGAUGCUGACGAUGGACAACUCCGCAAGAAGCAUGCUCGCCAAGAUCACAGGCAAUCACAAAGUAAGCAAAUUUUUAAAAUAAUAUUUGCUGUGAAAUGAAAUAAUUUGUAAACAUAACUUAUGUAAUGUUAUGUUUACAUUUUAUAGAAAGACAAUCGGAUCAGCAUCGUGGUCGAGCAGAAGAAUCUGAUUCUUCUGUCAGCCAAAGUACCAGUAGAGACCCGCAGCCUUCCGGCCAGAAGCGACGCCAGAUCAAGAUGAGAUUGAACCGUAACGGCGGACGGCCGAACGAAGGCGAGCACAUUCGGCACAUUACCUUGAAGACUCUGGUCGAUGGAAUCCCGGUCGAACACAAUCUGGAGGUGCUGGUCAGUGGCAGACGCUCCACCAAGGUCAAGCUGACUGAACUCUGGAUGGACAACAAACUUCUCUACAAACUCUAA